AUGCUGCACUGAGUGUCAGCCGGAUGCAGGUGCAUGGCUGCGCAUGGGUGCCUGGGGGUGACACAGUCCGUGCCCGCCCCCAUUGCUUCCAGCAUCACCCAGCGGUGCCGGGGCAGAAUCAUGCAGGCAGCGCUGGUGCUGUGUGUGUCCCUGAGCCUGGCAGCAAGAGCCGGGGCUGAGGAUGCAUGUGGGGGCCCCGAGGUCCCCUCCUCAUCCUACAACAUCCCUGCGCCACAGAUGAGUGCUGAGGACCGGCUCUCACCCCACAUGCCUGAAGCGCUGCGCUGCGACGCCUGCCACGCCAUCGCCUUCCAGCUGGAGGGGCGGCUGAGCCGCGCGGAGGCGAAGCAGGGCAGGAAGGAGCUGAGCGAGUCCGACUACGUGGAGGUGCUGGAGCAAAGCUGCGUGCAGGACUGGGAGCUUUACGGCGUGCAGGAACUGAGAGGGGAGCGGCGGCUGACGGGGCCGGGGCUGCCGAGGCAGGAGGCGAUGAGCGUGGCCAUGAUGGGGGGCCCGUGGCCGGGCAGGCUGAGCAAGAUGUGCCACGGCCUCGUGGGCGAGCACGGCGAGCAGCGGCUGUACCGAGCGCACCGACGGGGCCACACCGCGCUGCGGGAGCUGCUGUGCCACGGCGAGAAGGGGCCGUGCGCCCACCUGGGGGCGUCUAAAGCAGGGGGCUCAGCCCCCCCUAAGGCGCUGCAGAACGAGCUGUAGCCAGCAGCCUUCACCUGCCGGCACUGCGGGUGGUUAAUGCUUAAUGCCUGGUGACCUUUGGAGCCGGACACACGCGGAGGGGACUCAGGGAGGUGGCACUGCCGGCUCCAGGCCCGGGUUGCCGGGCUGCUGCUGUCCCCAUCCCAGCUCCGUGUGUUUGCUCUCGUGGGGACAUCCCCGGUGCCACCCGUGCCCCGUCCGCGCUGUUACUCUGUAACCCUCCGCCUUAAUGUUUGACCGAAGCGGCGCGGGCGGCGGUGCCAGCCCUAAUUAAAGCAGUUAAUCGCUCAUC